UGACCAUAAAAUGUCCUGCUUCAUUGCAAAUAUAAGAUUGUUAAAAUGGAUUCGAUUAUUCAGCUAACCGUUAAGAAGCCUUAAUAGUUUCUUCUAGUGAUUACAAACCGACAAACUUCUUCGAUUUUGGUAGUUAUCAUACCUAAUUUCUAUCUACUUGGUUCAAGAAAAAACAUUCAUUGGUAUUGUUGUCUUGUAAAAUAUGCGAUUGUAAAACCAAUUCUCAGCCGCUACUUUAUUCAUCAGACAGCAAUUUGAAACCUAGAUCAGAAAAAAGACAGUUGUAGCCCCCAUCAAAAAGGGGACAAAAGUACAGUGAGGACACCUAAUUCUAUAUCUUAGUAAAACCCAUUUUAUCCCAUGAAUCAUAUGGGAGAUUGGGUAUUGCUUCGCUUACACCCUUACCGUCAGGCUUCAGUCUUCCGACGGGCCUAUCAGAAGCUGGCUGCGAAGUUCUUCGUGCCCUAUGAGGUGUUGGAGAAGGUUAAUCCGGUGGCGUACAGGUUGCAGCUUCCUGCAGGUGCCCGCAUUCACCCGACAUUUCAUGUACUGAAGAAGUACAGGGGAACGGCGAACCAGGUAGAGACUACGGCCCCUCCUGUCACUGCAGACGGAGACCUGGAGUUGAAGCCGUUGAGGGUGCUUGAGACGAGGUGGACGAGAAAGGGGGGUCGCAUUGUGGAGGAGAGCCUAGUCGAGUGGCAGCAUGUGGAGCCAGAGGACGCGACAUGGGAAGAGACCUCCCUGCUGAAGCAGCGUUAUCCCACCUUCGACCUUGAGGGCAAGGUCGAUUCUUAAGAGACAGCCGGAGAGGGGAUGAUAGAAACCCGCCCCGCGGGUUAGGCGUGUAGGAAGGGCCGGCCUAUUGGCCCGGGUUGUUUGUUUAUUUCGAUACCCAUAUAUAAGGAUUCAGAAUAGUAUUUUCAGAUUAAGCAAUAAGAAAGAAUCAAAUCCCUA